CGUAAUCAUAUGAACAAGCGUAUGAUUGGUUGGUUUACUCUCCCCGGCAGUCAGCUGUAAACAUGGCGCAGGAACCAUGGAAUAAAAUUAAUAUUCCGUUUCCAAGUGCUGUUUCUUCGAGCAGAAUACAAUUUACUGAUUCAACUGGUACUUUGAUUGAAUGUCUGCUGACUGACUGUGAUAAAGUGUUGACCCUGUUAUGUAGUGAAGUUCUACAGACAGAAAUCCGUGUUCUAUACAAACUACUUUACAUUGUGAACAACAGCUUUAGACAACACAAGCCAUUCCGAGCAAUAAAACAGGUUGAGCAAUGCAUAAACCGCUUGAAAGAGAUGAAGUUACAAGCUGCCAUAGAAGAUCUGAAGGAACUGUGUCCAAACAAACUUCAGAGGGAUGCUGGAGCAAUGGUUGGGGAGUGUGAUGUUCCCAGUCAGCCCAUGUUGGAGUGGCUCUGUCUCAAACUGCUUGGAGCCUCCAGUCUUUUAGCCCGAACGCAGGAGCGCUGCACCCAGGCUUUCAUACUGACACGACAACACAUGCUGCUGAACGAGUUCGUUGUUCUGAAUAUAGUGAUAACCAGCAUGCUCAGUCGUCUCUGGGUGUUCUUUAGAGGUAUUCUGAGAGUCCUCAUCCCCAUGUACAAAAGAACCACUGAACUCCUCCAGAAGGUGUCUCAGUUCCAUCCCAUGGCUUACCUGACUAACUUCACCUUGCCUGGGGACCUGAAAGACUUCCUGUGCCUCUUACACCCAGAUCUACUGUUGGAAGAAAGCACCAAAGAAACUGUACGGGUCAAAAAAGGGACACAGAAGUCCGGCUUUUCUCUCCUUUCCAGGUUGUUUAAGGAUAAAGGGCUAAAAGAGGAUAAUGGAGAAGAGGAGAGAGUGCCAAUAUUAGCUGCUGUUCAUGAUGAAGGUUCUAGUCUAGACCUGGGGGCAGCAGUUUUACAGAGAUGGCCAGUUGUCUCAUCCUGUGGACUGGACAUGAAGGUUGUUCUUCAACAGUCUUGUAAAACCACCAAGCAGAUGGCCCUGGAACCCCAGGUGAAGUCGGACAUCUCCAGCCAAGCUGCAGUCUUACAAAAAAGGAACUUUUUGAAGUCAUUGAGGAAGGUGUCUUCUUUCAGAAAUGUGGCUGCCCAUCUGAAAGAAAUGAUGCACUGGUGCCGGAGCUGUAAGUUUCAUCAAAAGCGUAAGCAGCUGGCCUUCUUGCACCUGAUGUGUUUGAGAAUGGAAUGUCUGGAAGCUGAAGGUGUCAGGGUGGAGAAGAGAUUGAAGGCAUUUAAGUUAAAAGUUCAAAAGGCACUGAUGCUUCAAAAGACUUUGAUGCCACAAAAACAUUCCAGCUUCUCCACUGCACGUUGGAGAACUCGAUGGCACCAUGGAAGCUUCAUGGCACGCUACAGACUUACCAGACGCAGAUCUGCAUUUUCCAGAAUUUGUUCUAGACCAGUUAAAGACUUGCUUGUUUCCUUGAAAAACAAGAGAACCUGUAGACCACAGCAACAAUCACCAAAAGAAGAGGUGUCAGGAAACAAUAAGGUACCUGGAUCUGAGGAAAAAAUGGACUUACAGACUGCCUUGCAGAAACCAAAUCAGCCAAAUGAUGAUAUUGAUGAUAUUUUUGCAUCGUUUGGAUUUUAAGUGCUUCAUAGUGUUGGGUAAAUGCAUGCGUUUAGGAUAAAACGUGGGCACAAAAACUGACUACAUGACUGUGAAAAAAAUAAUUAAAUGAAAUUAUGUACUGUACGCCAUGUUACUUUUAGUUUGUGCACAUUUUUAAAUUUGGAUUGACAAAUGACACGUUCUUUCCCAUUUAACUCAUGCAUGCAAUGUGAAAAUCUGAGAAAAUAAACUGAGAAAAUAA